CCCUAAAUUGAACAGAUAUCGAAUCACAGGAAGCACUCCGAUUCCUCCUCGAAAAAACUCUAGUUGCCAAAAUCCUUGAGCAUCAAACAAAUGGGCUCCCCCGAAAUUAGCGACGAAGCAGCUCUGUCAAUGGAAGUUGAGAAUGAGAAUAAAACCGAAGAGGAUAAUCAUUCUGCAGCAAAUGCUUUCUGUUCGGGUGUAAAAUCUCAGCCUGAAUUUUAUGAUUUGGAUAACUCUCUCUCUGAUGGAAUUGUAGAAGAAGAAGACCCGGUCUCCCAAGACAACAUGCCUGCUGCUAUCACAGGGGCAGGGCUGGACAAUUUAGGCAAUACUUGCUUUCUAAAUUCAGUGUUGCAGUGCUUUAUGCACUCGGUUCCGCUUCUUCGUAGCAUUCUAUUGGAACCGCAUUCACUGAACUCUUAUUGCGAUGAACAAGGGUUUUGUACAUUAUGUGCUCUGCGGGAGCUUGUCAAGUCUUCACUGGCAAACAGGAUCGUCUCACCAUCGUAUUUCACCAACAACUUGAGCUACUUCUCUUCAAGUUUCAAGAAGUUCCAACAGGAAGAUGCUCAUGAAUUUCUUCAGUGCUUCUUGGAUAAGCUUGAAAGCUGUCACGAUUCACAGCGUAAAGAAUACACUUCUUCACCAACUGGUAACCUAGUGCAACAAGUAUUUGGGGGUCGUCUUGUUAGCAAACUCAAGUGUUGUAACUGUGACCACUGUUCCGACACUUAUGAGCCUUUGAUUGACACGAGUUUGGGGAUUGAGAAUGCAGACGACCUUGUAACAGCUCUUCAGUCAUUUACAAAAGUUGAAAAAAUUGACGAUCCAGAGGACAAGGUUACAUGCGAAAAUUGUAAGGAGUUGGUAUCUGUUGAGAAGCAGCUUUCAUUUGAUAAGGCCCCUUCAGUGGCUGUAUUUCAUUUGAAGAGAUUCGAGAACGACGGCUGUUGGGUGCAGAAAAUUGAUAAACAUGUGGCAUUUCCAUUAGAAUUGGACUUGCUUCCUUUCACUGAUAGUGGCAAAUCAAAUGAUCAGGCAGAUCUCAAGUACGUAUUGUAUGCUGUUAUAGUGCAUAUUGGAUCGACACCUACAUCUGGACACUACUACUGCUUCAUUCGAUUGUCCCCCAAUGUGUGGUGCAAGUUUGAUGAUUCUAGGGUUGUGCUGGUCCAUGAAGAUUAUGUGCUGUCACAAGAGGCAUACAUUCUCUUCUAUGCAAAAGAGGGCACACCCUGGUUUUCAAGUUUCAUGGAAACUCAAUUAUCUUGUGUCCAUUCAACUAUAUCGAAAACUUCUCCGAGAUCAGUGUUGGAUAACGUAGAAACCCCAACCGUGUCGCCUCUUUUGCCAAACAACAAAUUUAGUUGUGAUUCCAAUGAAGUGAGUCACGAGAUUACUGGAUCGGAACGUAAGAGCAUACACACAAGUGUGGUUAAAGAUAUAGGACGAAUACAGAAUAAAUCUGAGAGCAUUGCAACUGCAGAAAAUUUGCAUAGAAAAUCUGCAACACCAGUAGUACACUGUCCUACUCCGACUACUGCUUCUUCAGAUGUUUCUUUUGGCCAAGCCCAGAAAAAGAUUUCCCCAAUCGUACUUAAAAAUGUUAAGAAGAUUCAGAAUGUUGAUGUGGUUGCAAAAUAUGAAAAAGAUAUUCAGAGAUCUCCGAGUCCAGAGAUAUACAGAGAAGAUCCACCUUAUAAAGGAUACAACAUUCCACGGUUGGCGGAGCGCAUGGGUUGCAAAAGGAGAUUGGAGAAAGAUAUUAUGGUGGAUGAUUUGGAAACAAAGCAGGCUUUUACUUUCAUCAAGAAAAACAUGCAUAGUUCUCGAGCUCAGCAAAUGAUGGCUGCAUUGAGGGUUUCCAAAACUGAAGAAGCUUCCGUGAAUAGAAAGAAGAGUAGAACAUCUUUAAAUAAAGAUGACAUUGUUGAACCGUCUCACCGCGAUUCAACCAAUAGACUACGACAACGCCGCCCUUUGGUUACAGGGAAUUACAGGUAAAGUUGAAAAUAUUUAAACAGAUGAAUAUUUCCAUAUCAUCUGCUUUUUAUAUUUAAUUUCAAUAGGUGAUCUUCAUUUGAAUAAGGUUAUUCGUUAGUGUCUAAAAUAUCUACUAUCUUAGAUUCUUAGUGGAAUAUUAGAUUGCUAAUUAAAUUCCUCUUAUAGGCAAAAUUAAUGUUAGGCCACCCUUGUAAGUAUUGAAGGAUUUCCGGUGUUACUUGCAGUACACAAA